GGUCUGAGCGUUGCAUAAUAAACCGACAUACCUGCUGUGUCACCGCUCUCAAAGCCUGUGGGUGUGUUACCUGGCCCGGGCAGAUUCCUCCCUGCAGCCUACCUGAGACUUCAUUAGCAACAGGAGGAAAAAAAAAACAUACUUGUCCAGAAACAGUGAUAAUGCAAUCUAACUGGCUUACUUUAGAUGUUGCCGCAGCUUUGGUUGAGAUAUUUAUCCGCCUAAGUCUGCACUAAAUAUUCAUUAGAGCGUUCAGGCUGCCCUGUCUGAUGAGGAGCGGGUUACCUCGGAGAGGCGGCGGCACCGACACAGACUCCACUCUCGUCGGGGCUUGCGCUACCGGUGUUUUUUUUUUUAUUAUUACCAAUUAUUCCCAGGACAAGUGGAGAGGCAGGAUAACACUGUUAUCAUGUCCCAGAGCCCAGAGGAGCAGCCAAGCACUGGGGUCUUGGGCCGAAUCGGGAGCUGGUUGUCUCCAUGGCGGGGAAAGAAUCCUAGGAGCCCUACCGAAAAUGCCUUCCUGGAUAGUGACCAGCCUGUGAGCCCUCAGGCAAAGGAACAACAGCGGGAGGUGGAGCAGGGCCAGAGCUCCAGCACCAAUCAGCUGAGUCUAUCCGGGGACAAUUUCUUCUGUGAAGAGGCGGACGCCACGCAGUCUGCCCACAGAGGCGGCCCCCUUGCAGCCAGCAGUGAGCCAGGAGAAGGAGGUCCAACAGAGGAGGAGUUUGCGGGGUGUGGAAAGAAGACAGCAGGGCAGGGCAGGGAGAGGGAGGAGAGCAGCAACGGUACUUCAGCAAGCGGGAAUCCAGCCUCAGAAAAGAAUGCCAGUCAUCUGACACAUCUUUCUUCCUCUUCUGGCCAAGGAGUGGCAUGGGACUCUGACCAGGCUCACACCCAGCCCCAGGAUAAGAAACCAGCUCAGGCCCAGACAGGCAGGAAACUCCAAGUGUACCUGGAGGAGACCAGCGUGACUCAAAGGGGGCGCGACACCUGCGCUCAACAGGAAGUGGUCAGGAUAAAGAAAAGCCUCCAGCUCAUUUCCAAGGCAGAGUUAUCAAAGGGUGUUGAUUCAGCAAAGAGCUCCGGUUCAGCAGGACCAGAGAAUAAAAGGACAGUAUUGAAACCCACUGUUGAGGCACAUAGUCAUUACAGUGCCCUGGUGGGAGUGUCACUAAAAUCACGCAAAGAUAUACUGUCAGAGCCUGAGCCUGUAACAGAGGGAACAGACAGCAUGGGGCGUAAGAACACACCCAGGCGGAAAUUCAGAAAGAACCCUCCAGGAGAGGGAGGGACAAGCUCCCAGGAGAACAUGCCCUCCCAAGCCCAACCACUCCCUGAGGGCUCUCCUACAUCGGAUAACCCACUCCCAGGUCAUCAGGCCAAAAGUGCAGCAACUAACCUAAGAGAAGCAUCCGUAAACUCCUCCUCCAAACACAAUCCCGCCUCUGAGGCCUUACCUGAAGGAGGGCAGAGCAAGUUGGCCUCCCCCGCUACUGGAAAGCUGCCAGACAAUUCACAGGUUAACACUUCUCCAUGUGUGGCCGAUGGGAACGCAGACAUGGAUGAUGAUGACAGCCUCUACAAGGUGGUGAGGAAAACAGAGACUCCUGAGUCCAAACGAAGGAGUAUGAAAGUGUCUCGCAGCGAGGUGAAGAUUUUUCCAAAGAAAGUGCUGGUGAACGCUGAGCCGAGCACAGAGGGAGACAACCAGGAUCUUGAGUCAAGAUUAAAGAAUGCCACAGAUGAAGCCAAGGAUAAGCCCAAACCAGAAAUGAAUGCAAGACUGCAGGACCUGAAGAAAGUGGAUGACGAGUCUAAGCCAGUCGUUGGCCGGAUUGCGGAUAAAAUCAACCUCUUCGAGAGUCAAGCAGGGGGGCCGAGCAAGAGGACUUUCCAGAUCCCAAGGAGUGCAGAUGCCUCCCCAGUCAGAAAAAUCACUGACAGGCUGAAAGCGGACAUCAGCAGAGACUGCGGGUUUUCAGAUCAAAGGUCAAAAUCAGCGGAUCGUUACGGCACUGCCAGGUCUAGCUCUGCAUCACCUGUCAGGGAGAAACUGAAGACGGUCAAGGAGCGAGCCAGGAACUUUGCAGAGGAAUGUAAAACAGAGGACAAAAGAGCAAUGCCUCAACAGUCUGCCAUGACAGGAAUGUCCCAGAAACCUUCUCAUGCUACAACGGCACCUGUCUCAAAGUCACCAGAACUGGACAUUCAGGGUAAACUGGAUACUAAAGAGAAGACGCAGAACACAGUACUAUCUGAGAUAAAAUCGAAAACAGAUGGCCAAGAUACCACCGCGGUCGGGGUGAAUGUUUCUGCUCCUAAACAGCACACAGACUCCAAAACAAGAGACAAAGAGGUCUUGAAAACAGCGGAUCUACCCAUGAAAUCUAACAAUGUUGAAUCAGAUGUUCCAGCUGAAGUGCCUGGUGACUCAGACAAACUUAACAAUGAUAUUAGUACACAGGCCAAAGGUCCUGGCAGGACAGGCUCCAGAUCUAAGAGAAGGAAAAGUAAAGACCCAACCAGUCCCAUCAGCCCAAAUAGUGAAAAUAAACCAGGCCUGCCUGGAAGUAAGCAGGAGGUCACUGCCAACAAACAGGAAAAGGUAGUUGGCACUGAGGAGUCAGCAUCUCCCUCCAAACAGCUCAUUGAGACGGUUAAAUUACAAUCUGAUAAACCUCAAGGAAGUAUGUCAGAAAAACAGUUACUCAGUGAUACCAGGCAAAAAGCACUUAGAAAGGAUUUAGAGGUAUCAGAAAAACAGGGCAAACAGUUAGAGUCUUCAUGUAAAAAAGACAGCACUGAGAAGCCGGUCAAGGAAAAGGGUAGAUUGUCUAAACCAUCUGUCAGCAAAUGUGAUGAACCUGAUACUGCUGUUUGCAGCAGUGGGACAAAGAAGCCUGUUGACAAGGAUCCUGUUGUUUUACCCCAAAAGGAGGAGAGAGCUGGGGGGGACAGCUUCUCAUUUGCCGAAAAGAAGGAAAAUGCCUCCAAAGACAGCAGCAAACCAUCAGCCUCCUCCCCCUUACCUCUUUCAGAACAGCCUCUUAUUGAGAAGACGCUUCCUGUGGAGCAACAGGCACCUGUUGCAUAUCCCAAUUUGGAUAAACAGCAAGAGCAAAAGCAGCCUGAAACAAAAACUAAAGAAAAGGCAAAACAGCUUAACAAACAAGAUCAUGGACGGGCAGCACAACCAAUAAACAAAGACGCUGAAGCAGCACAUCAAACUGAGAAUAAAGAUCUAGACAGGCCAGUGCAAUCAGAAAAGAGAGACGCUGAAAAAACUCCAACAGUGGAAAACAAAGACAAAGAAAAAGCACCACAAGGCAAGCCCUUGGAUAAAAAUACCACAAAGUUAACGGCAUCAGAGAGUAGACAGGACAUCCCAGAGACAAAGGGAAGCGAGGCAAAGGCUGAGAAAAAAGAGGAAAAAAAGCCUGUUAAAGACAUAGUAAAGUCAGAGUCCAAACAACCAGAACCAGUCAGUCAGCCCUCAGGAAAGACUGAUGGAUCUUUAGACGUCCCUGCUCAGACACAGCCUGUAAGUCAGACAGUCACCACACAUCCAGAUAAAGCUGCUGUUUGUUUAGACACACAGGCUAAUAAAGCUGUAAGUGAGACCAACAGUGAUAAAGGGCUUGUCAAGCCACCCAAGGGUGAGACAUCGACACAUGUGCCUGUGUUGCAAACAAAAUCUAUGGAAAGCCCUGCUGGAAUAGAAACACGGGCCACGGUAACUACAGCACAGCCACAGACUAUUUCUGUAUCUGUGGAAAAAACAGAGAGGUCUGCUGAUGACUCACACACACAUGGAGCUAAUGUUGUUGCACAAGAGUUCUCCAAUUCAAAACCUGCCACUAUAGCAGCGACAGUAGCUGAGGAUAUGAGCGUUAAUGCGGUGAAAGAGACUCCUGCACUGAUAAAUGUAGGUCCCGCACAUACUGACAAAACAGAUGAAAAACAAACAUCUGUUAAGCAGCCCACUCCUACUUCUGUCCUUAAAUCUGCGAACGGUGAGGGAGCAGGCCGAGAUGCUGCGAAUAAAAAUUCAACUGUCAAAUCCUCAAGCUCAGAGGUUAAAAGCUUAAUGGCACUAACCCCGAGCCAACCUCAGUGUGAAGAGUCAAAAAUGACACAGACAAUAAAAGACUCAUCGGCUGAUUCUGCCUCUCCCACCACAGUAAACGUGGAAGAAAGGACAGCUGAUAAAACACUACGUUUGCCGGUGAAAGAACCUUCACCCGUUGUCAAUGGUGAUAUCUACUCAACGCCACAACCCAGUGCAGUCAAUAAUAAACCAGGGUGUUCAGCUCAAGCUACAAAAGCAACCACUUCAAAGGUGAUCACUAAACUGAGCUCAGACUCUCUCCAGCGUUCAUCCCUGAAUAAGUUUCCUUUGCCGCAGGGACUAAGUGGAGGCGAUUCCCCCUCCAGUUGGCUGGAUGUGGACUUUCCCAAACAGAAGCUCAAAGUCUCAGAGCCCAAACUAAGCUAUUCUGGAAGUGAGAGCAACCUUCUGGACACGUCUGCUGACCUGGAUGAUGAUGAUUUCAUUGAGAGAAUCAAGAACCUUUGCGUUCCCUUCUCCCUCCCUCCUCGUAAACACAACCACCUUCGGCCACCCCAGCCCCCAUUUGCCAUGCCUGCUAUCAGGGAAGACCGCUUUGAGAAGACUUUUGACCCUGAUGAGUUCCAGUUUGGCUUGAGGAAGAAGACUCAGUUCACCUUAGACACAGGGCCCGCCCUGUUAGCCAAGCUCCAAAGCACAGAGACUAAAGCCGGCAUGAAGCCUGCCAGGGCCAGUUUGGCCGACAGGAGCAUGCUACUCAACAGCCUCGAUACUCGCUCUCGGUUCAGAGAAAAAAACACAGACAAGGAUGAGGAGAAGGAGGAGGCAGAGGAGAAAAAAGACGACCAGAUCAGGGUGAAGUCUCGUUUGGAGGGGAGCUGUGUCCUCAGCAGCCUCAGCAACUCCAGCUUCAAGGCAAAGAGGAAUGGAGUUCAGGCCCAGGCAGAGAGCACCAACUCUGGGGAUGUGUCAUCUAGCGAAGGCCCCCAGCCUAGCCCUCCACCAGGAUCCCAACCCCCUCUGCCAAGCCCCACUCUCACAGCUCCACUCAGCGAUACACUGGCCAAGCAGAGUCCUGUCCUGAGCGACAGAGCUGGAGCCCAGGCUGUGGAGGCUGUGGUCAGUGACUCAGGCCCUCCACUUCCCUCCUUUAACGACAUCAAGCUGCCUGACUAUUUAGAGAAGUACCUCCCCCGGGAAGCAGGAAAACCAGAGCAGAGCACAGAGGGACGCGAGCAACUCCACACAGAGGUUGUUGGAAGGAUGACAAAACCAGUGCCUGAAGGCGGAGCGGACCUGGAUGUGAAGCCAGGUCUCCUGCUUCCUGAUGGCGCAUCUCCACGUUUUCCUGCUGGGGUUCCUCCAAACACACACCCCGCACACACAGAGCUCCACCAGCCUCUGGCUCGCCCACAGGGGUUGUAUAGUAACAGUAUAAGAGCAACCAAAGGAUUUCACAGGCGCCCUGGAAAGAUGGUGCUGUUUGAGAAUGCUCAGUUCAGUGGCCAAGCAUAUGAGAUCUACAGGGAUGUGGCAGAUGCUACCGCUCUCCAGCUCUCUCCUCUCAUAUCUGUGAAGGUUGUCAGAGGAUGCUGGGUGCUUUAUGAGAGGCCUGGCUUCCAGGGCCGCUCCAUCGCCCUGGAGGAGGGGUGUAUUGAACUGACAAACGUGUGGGCAGAGCCGGGGCCGGAGACGCAGCCACACAACGGCUCACCGAUGUCGAUUGGAUCUAUUCGACUUGCUGUCUGGGACUACAGCCUCCCCCAUAUUGACCUGUUUACCGAGCCGGAGGGCCACGGCAGGAUGACACCAUACCAUGACGACGCGAUAGAGAUCGGCUCGUUUGGCAUCCUGCAGAACACGGCCUCCAUUAAAGUCCACUCUGGGGUGUGGCUGGUGUUCAGCGAUCCAGGCUUCCAGGGCAUGCUGGCCGUCCUGGAGAAAGGAGAGUACCCUUUCCCUGAGGCCUGGGGCUUCCCCUCGCCCUUCGUUGGGUCUCUUAGACCCUUAAAAAUGGGUGGCUUUAAAGUGGAGAAUCCUAAUGAAGUCAAAGCCGUGGUUUACGAGCAGCCUGGCUUCGAGGGUUCGAGCUUGGAAAUCGACAGCGAGGUUUUCAGCUUCGCCGAGGCCGAAGGAGAAGUUGCUGCAGAUGGAGCAGAUCUUGACUCCCAGAAGCUGAAGUCUGUGGGCUCUUUAAAGAUCAUCGGAGGGCUCUGGGUGGGCUACAGCGAGCCCGGCUUCGAGGGCCAGCAGCACGUCCUGGAGGAGGGAGAGUACCUGGACUGCACAGAGUGGGGAGCAGCCUCAGGACAGCUGCUUUCACUGCGACCCAUACCGGCUGAUUUCAUGUCUCCGCACCUCAAAAUGUUCAGCGACAGAGACUUCGGCGAGCUGGGAGUCAACAUUGACGUCUCAGUCCCUGUCGCCAACAUGGAGGAUACGGGCUACGGUUCGAGGACACAGUCUAUCGACGUCAUCGGCGGCGUAUGGGUUGUGUUUGAAGAGCCAGGCUUCUCCGGCGAGCCCUACGUCUUGGAGAAAGGCCUGUAUGGAAGCCCGGAGGACUGGGGUGCUCUGCGGCCCACAGUUGCCUCUGCAAUGCCCAUCGUACUGGAUGAUUUUCAGAUCCCCGCCAAGUUUAAGGUGCAGCUCUUCUCUGAUCCAGGUUUCCAUGGCUCUGUCCUUGUCCUAGAAGACAGCGCAGCCUCCCUGCAGCAGGGCUUCUCUGUGGCCUCCUGCAAGGUGCUGGCUGGCAGCUGGCUGGCAUUUGAGGGCCAGGACUUCACUGAUAAGAUGUACGUGUUAGAAGUGGGGAGCUACCCUGACCUGAGAGCAAUGGGCUGUGUGAACCCCAACGCCUCCAUCCUGUCUCUGCAGACUGUUGGCUUUGAGUUCUCGCUGCCAUCCAUCACCCUCUUUGAGCGGAGCGGUCUGCGUGGGAAGAGAGUGGUUCUGAUGGCCGGAUCAGUCAACCUUCAGCUGGCUGGAGGCUGCAGCCGCGUCCAGUCUGUGCUGGUGGAAGGGGGCAUGUGGGUGUUGUAUGAGGGAGUCAACUACCGCGGUGCUCAGAUUCUGCUGAAGCCUGGUGAGGUGGCCGACUGGCGCAAGUUCAGUGGCUGGAACAAAAUUGGAUCCCUCCGCCCUCUCAUGCAGAGGCAGGUGCACUUCCAUUUGCGAAACAGAGAGACGGGGCUCCUGAUGUCAGUGACGGGGGAUUUGGACGAUAUUAAACUGAUGCGCGUCCAGGAAACGGAGGAGACCGGUGGGCCUGAGCAGAUCUGGUUUUACCAGAACGGACAUCUCCACUGCAGGCUGCUGGAGGAGUGCUGCCUGAGCCCCAGUGGCAGUGUGAUCAUGGCAGGAAGUCGCAUGGGCCUCAACCCAGAGCCGGGUAACCAGCACCAGCUAUGGAGCAUCACCCCCGACGGCUUCAUCCGCUACACCGCCACGCCUGAUCUGCUCCUGGAGGUCAAAGGGGGCCACAACUACGACAAGAACCAAGUGAUUCUUAAUACUCUCGAUCCAAAGAAACUAACCCAAAGAUGGGAUGUGGAGAUUCUAUGAAGACCAGCGAGCUGCAGGACUGGAUCUCUAAAAUUGUACGAGGUUUCAAGGGCGAGGUGUAUGGUUUGAGUCCGCUGAACGUUUGCUGCUGGAGGACUAAGAAAUUUCCAAAGAGAAGGUCAACGUGCAAAAGCUUUAGAAAAAUCCGUAAGAAUGUACUGUUAGCCACUUGAGUAAAAAAAAUUAAAAAAAAAAAAUAAUAAGAGGACAUUUAUAUGAGUGGCCUAACUUGAAAUAAGUACUCAUAAUGUUUUUCACAUGAAAUAAUAUAAGGUUUAUAU